CGAAAAAUUCUUAAGCUUCCAGUAAGUCGUUUACGUUACAUUAGCUUUGGUAAUGUUGCAAAUUUGAUAACAAGAGACAUCGGUGGAUUUGAUCAGUUCUUCCUUAACUUUACUUACGCUUGGUCUGGAUUCAUCGUUACUGUAAUUUCAUGUUACAACAUAUAUCGACGUAUUGGUUGGCCAGUUGUCGUCGUAAUUUUUUCGUUUGCUGUAUUUAUUCCGCUCCAAGUUCUUGCAGGAGUUUGGAUCGCUUCGCUCAAGAAAGAGACAUCUAAGAAAACUGAUAAACGACUGAAUGAAUUCAAAGAAAUUUGUUCCAACAUUAGAAGCACAAAAAUGUACGUCUGGGAAAAUCACGUGGAAAACAAAAUCUCCUUGGCAAGAAAGAAAGAAAUGAAUGCCCAAUUUAAAAUUUUUAUUUUGCUCUUUCUGUCUGUGGCGACGGGUAUCAUAGUUAACAAUGUAACAUUCUAUUUCGUUGUGAUGACUAACAUUUGGACGGGUCGGACCCUCACGGCAGAAGUUAUGUACUUCAUCAGUGGCACUUUCAUAACUCUUGCUUUUACCACAACAAUUGCAUUUCCACACGUGACAUUUAAUUUGUCGCAAGUAAUUAUUGCAAUUAAAAGGAUGCAAACUUUAGCUCACACAUUAGAAACGCGAAGCGAAAAAAGGUGUCGCACACUUAAAACAGAAAAGACAAAAGUCGAAUUUUUAAAUGUGAAAGUUAUAAUCGACAAUAAGACAGUGUUUGACAAUGUCAGCCUUCAUGUUAAUUCAGGAUUAACUCUAAUCACCGGACCCACUGGUAGCGGUAAAAGUGUAUUCCUUUUGACAGUUUUGAAAGAGUUUGAAAUAUCCGAUGGUAAAUUAUUUGUUGAAGGUAGACUAUCUUUUGCGUCACAGGAACCUUGGUUAUUUCCUGCCACUAUUAGACAAAACAUACUUUUCGGAAACAACUAUAAUUAUAAACGUUAUCAAGAGGUUCUACAAUCGAUGGUGGAGUUAAUCUGAGCAAGGGCCAACGAAGCAG